AACAAGUUGCGUGUAAUAUUUCUUACGAAAUGCUUGAAAAACAAAAAGAUGAAAAUUUGGUACAACUCCAAGUCCAAUGGCAGUGUCAAUGGCUUCCGAUGCCUCUACAACUACUUCUUCAUGCCUGGUUUUCGACGCAUUUCAACAUCUUCUUCAUCAAAUGAAGGUAAUACUACUUCUUCAUCUUCUUCAUUUGCGAAUUUCUUGGUUGAUAACUGGGUUUUUCCAACGACCAAUCUCUCUCUACUUCCGCUACACUAGCAAGUCGGCGGGAAAGUGGACAGGCGAAUUGGGUGAAAAAUGCUAAUUCUGUUGUUCAAUUCUUAACGCAAAUUGGUUUUCAGCAAUCUGAUAUUAGGAUAAUUGUAUGUCAUGAACCCCUGAUUUUAGUUUCUGGGGUUAGUAAAACCCUAAAACCCAAAAUUAAGCUUCUUAAUGAUCUGGGUUUAUCUGGGUCUGAUCUUGUUCAAACUGUUGUAUGGAAUCCUUCAAUGUUGCGCCAACGUUUGGGUCCUGCAAUAGAUGCUUUUAGGACUAUUUUGGGUAGUGAUCAGAGUGUUGUUUGAGUCAUGAAAUGAUUGGGUUGACUUCAAUUUGACAAAGCGUCUUAUUAUUUGAUUCCCAAUGCUGAGUUGUUGCAAAGUUAUUGUGGAAUUUCUGGCAGAAAAAUCCAGAAAUACAUUAUUAAUCAGCCUGGUGUUUUCAGUAUGAACACAGACUUGUUUUGAAAAAACUUGAUUAGGGUUGAAAAAAAGUUGGGGAUUCCUCGAGAUUCUAAGAUGUUUUUCUAUGGAAUACAAUCUGUUGCUGUUUCUAGUGAUAAGAAUAUUGACGAUAAAUGUGAAAUUUUUAAGAGCUUUGGAUGGACCCAAUCUAAUGUCAAGGAUUUGAUUAGGCGACAUCCUUUGUGCUUGACAUUGAAAGAGGAAAUAAUUAAGGAAAAAUUGGAUUUUCUGAUAAACCAGCUGGGCUAUAAACCGGCUUGCCCAGGUUUUCAGUCGUUAUUCUCUUGUAGCAUAGAGAAGAGGUUAUUGCCUAGACACCGAGUCUUACAGGUUUUGAGGGAGAAAAGGCUGAUAAAAAAACAUUACCGUCUUUCUGGUGCUUCUGUCUUGACUGAGGCUAACUUCUUGAAAAAGUUUGUUUUGCCUUUUGAGGAAGUCCAUGAAGUUUAUGCUCAGCUGACCGGCUCUACAGUUGAAUCGUUAAAGAUGACGUCAAGGUCCAAUGCUGCUAGCUGCAAGUCAGCGCAUAAGCUUGCAGGUGUGCGGAGGUAUUCAAAACACGGUCCUUUGACAAGUAGAAGAAAUGUUACUGGCAGCUGUUGGAACUGGAGCAUUGUGCUAACUUUUCACUUGCUGGAGUAUUCUAUGUUCUCACUGAUAGUUUCUCAGUAUAUUGGUUGAAAAUGCAUAUAGCUGACCGGAUACUUAAGCCUCCAAGUUAGUUGUAAAGCAACGUUGGAUACUUGGAUGGCCGGCAUGCUCAAACUUCGUAGAUGCUUGUGAACCAUCGUCUUAGACAUAGAUCCCAUGUGUGGUACAGGUACUGGAUAUUGUCUUAACAAUAGCUAAAUGAUGUUUUUGAGCUUUGAUUUUUGGUAAAAUGCUGGUGAUUGAAAUUCAAUUAUGUUUGAAUGUUUUUGAAACUCUGACUUGUUCUCAUGCAUAUUCAGUGUAUCUUUAAUUUCCAGUUUUCUAGUCCAUUUCACUUUAUCUAAUCUUCUCGUAAUUAGUUUACUUCGUAUAAUAUACUUGUAAUUAAACUAUACUUGAUACGGUACUUUGAUAUUGUGUAUUCAACAUACAGAGUGCAUACUUUUGUAGCUUGACAUGAUACAUAGUUUAUACCUCGUUGUAUGCUACUUUUUGGAUCUUUGCCUUGUGAAAUGACCUUAGACAAAC